AUGGUUGUUGUGCCUAAACACUCCGAAAAGACUAAUGUCAAAACUCCUGCAGCGAACAAUCAAUUGUUGCGAAGUAUGUCCGCCGUACAUCCGGUAAGCGACGGUUUGCCGCCCGCACCGCGUCCAAUCGUCUAUCGAUGGUUUCCGAGUUGGCGCCUUAUUACCGCAUGUUUACUGUGUGUCUGCUUUGCCAGUGUCCACAUGAUGAAUAGUAAUAUGGGUAUGGCAGUGGUGUGUAUGGUGUACACAGUCGAACAUAAAGAACAUAAGGAUGAGAAUAUGACCGAUCCUAAUGCAGCGCCAAAACUCAACUUAACUUCUAAAGAGGAGGGUUACAUCUUUUCCGCAUUCAACGGAGGUCUUCUAUUUAUGCUCCUGACUGGAUUAAUAGCUGAUAAAUUCAAUUCCAAGUAUAUGAUUGUGACCAGCGUGACCCUAGCAGUCAUCGCAAAUCUCAUCAUCGCAAAAUUUUCUAUUGUCAGUGUAUAUUUUGCUAUCGGUGGCCGCUUCAUGGUCGGGAUUGCCGACGCUCUUCUACAACCAGCAGUGAACUCCCUCAUCACGAGAUGGUUUCCAACGUUUGAACGAAGUUACGCUCUCGGUUUAGCGACUGGUGGACGACAAUUAGGCACUCUCAUUAUCACCCCCGUUGCUGGUGCGUUAUGUGCUCAAACGGCUCUGUUUGGAGGAUGGCCGUCUAUUUUCUAUGUAUCAGCUGCAGUUGGCGUAUUUUUCGUAGCUAUAUACUCUGUGUUAGGAGCAGACAAACCUAGCAAGCAAUCAUGUAUAACGGAUGCUGAAAUAAAAUUUAUUACAUUAGCAAAUGUAAAUGAAGAUGUUGGAAAGAAGCGAAUCGAUCGUAAAGUCCCAUGGUUGCGAAUUCUUUGUUCGCCGGCCGUUUGGGCGUCGGUGAUCGCUGUUCUUUGCCAUGAAUUCCCAUUGAUGACGAUGAUUAUGUUCUUGCCUAGCUAUCUUCAUGAUGUUCAUCAUUACAAAUCCACUAAAACUGGUAUCCUAUCCGCUCUUCCAACCGCUUCGCUUUUACUGUCGAAGUUGGCCAGCAGUUAUGCCACCACAUGGCUACAAAGACAUACCACAUGGAAGAGAAAUACUAUUUGCAAGGUGCUCAAUUCCAUUGCAUCACUUGGCCUUGGUGCUUUCCUAUUCGCCGCUACUUUACUCGAUUCUACUCGUGCCCCGUUAGCAGUACUGUUCCUGUGCCUAAGUAAUGCUUCAGCAGGACUUCACACUCCUGGAUGUCAAACUGCACUUGUCUCAUUGGCUCCGGCAUAUUCGGGAGCUGUGACGGGAUUUGCGUUCUUUUUCGUCGCAUGUUCCGGUAUUGCGAAUCCGAUAAUAACAAAAUGGAUUGCACAAAAUGGGACCGCUUUGGAAUGGAAUAUGGUGUUCUACAUCUCUACAGUUAUCGCUCUUCUACCACUAAUCGUAUUCAACGUAUGGGGUUCAGCGGAGGUACAAUGGUGGGCGGCGGGUCCCAAGGCGUCUACGUCCACUGGCCCAGAAAAAUCGACGAAAAGCAACGGGAAACCGGAAACAAUCGCAUAA